AUGUAUAGUGAGCGGUCAGUGGCUACUAGCAGUGGGCGCCAUUCCCAUAGCAAUGCCUCCAAUACCAACACUUACCCCACCAACACUUACCCUGGCAGGGCUAGUGAGGGCAGUCCUACAGCCCGGACAUACCCUGGCACACCCAGGUGUCAGGCGAAGCACACCACCUGCAGUGAUAACCAUGGGAUCCGUCCCCCCACACCAGAACAGUACCUCACACCCCUGCAGCAGAAGGAGGUGUGUAUCAGACACCUGCGAGCCAGGCUAAGGGAGAAUGUUGAGAUACUGCAGCACAGGGACAGUGAGAUAACUGAGAUGAGGACCCAGCUGUGUCGGAUGCAAGAGGACUGGAUAGAGGAGGAGUGUCAUCGUGUGGAGGCCCAGCUUGCUCUAAAGGAGGCGCGCAGGGAGAUCCAGCACCUACAUGAGGUUGUGGAGACAGUACGAUCAAAUCUCGGCACCCCAGAAAAAUCCCCCCACAACCAAAAGCCAUACCUUUCACCGCAGGGACCCAGACCUGUCAAGUCCCGCUCCUGUGGUUGCUCCCCAGCCAGCACCCUGAACCGCAGCACCACCUACACCCGGCUGAGCAGUGAGGGCCUGCAUCUGGGCCUGCAUCUGGACCGCAAUGGAAACGUCCCAGGGCCUGACCUGCGUGCAGCGGCACGGGCAGAAGGGGGACGGACCCACCUGCUCCUGGAAGCAGCCCUUCUGUCAGAACAAAACCCAGCCGGCUCGGCCCGUGGCCCCUUCUCCUCCACCAUGCCACACUCCUCCGCCUACGAGAGACUGUACAGCGGGGGGGCUGUCCUGCCUGUCUCCCACUCUUGCCAUUCCCUAGGUAACAGCUGCAGGUGCAGCGGACACACCUACAUCCCGCAUCACCACCUCUUCCUGCACCUCCCUCAGGAGGAGCCCCCGGCUGCAAUGGCAGCGGCUGCUGCUGCUGCCCCCGUGACAGAUGUGAAACCGGAGGUCCGAUCCCAGGCCUGCAGCCCCACCAUGACCUGGGUCUCAGAGGAAGGAGAGGGAGAAGAGCUAAGCAUCAUCUCCCUGGCAACAACCGACAACACCCCAGCCUACUCUGAACAACAACCGUUCCCUACCUUCUUGUCUUCCUCCCCUCCUCCCCAGCUCUCCUACAACCUAGAACCACUGCCUCCAGAUGGCCCAGUGGAGAUGACAAUAAUGCCAACAGUGGCCCAAACCUGCCAGCCCAAGCCUGUGUCAUUGUAUUCACCAGAGAGGCAAGGGAGCGUGACAGUGGUGGAGAAGGAGGAGGCUGUUGAAGUUGAAAUCGUUGUGGAAGGGGAAGAGGGGGAGGAGGGGGCUCCCCAGCGGAACUUCUGGAGCCGAUACUUCCUGGUGGACCUGUUGGCGGUGGCCAUGCCGGUAGUGCCAACAGUGGCCUGGCUGUGCCAUGGGGCCCCGCGGGAGGUCAUGCCUGUCUACCACAUUGGCUCUCUGCUCCGGGGUUGCUGCGCUGUGGCCCUUCACUCUCUGCGACGCAGGGGAUGUGGCCGGGGCCAUGACCCCACAAGCAUGAAUGGGGCGAACAAUAUCUGACAACUUUACUCUUUAGUCCCCUGACUCCCCUCACAGCAACCAUGCAACCCCAACCUCUUACGAGCCACAGCCACAAAGGCAAUUAUACAGACUUUGAUUUGGACUUAAACUCCUAUUGCUUUUUAUUCUCCACCCACCACGUCUGAUUUGAGGAUGAACUUGAGAUUUACAUGAUCCGAUUGUAUUGCAGUUGACCUUUGUGAAUUUUGUUUAUUGGUUACAGCAGACAGGAAUUAGGCUAAUUGUAUAGUUCAAGCCUGUUUCUGUUAGAUUUGUAAUCAUGCCUUGCUAUCAAAGAAAAUCUAAUGCAAUAGUGAUUUGAUGGGGAAUGCAUGAGCCUGCUUAAAUUGACUUUUUGACACUGGUCUACAGUGUCUCCCGUAACUGUACAUUGCAUGUAACCCUGAGAAAUGUUCAGCCUUUUGCCAUUACCUCACUUUAAACAGACUUGCUACAUUUGAACCUUGAAGACUUUGAUGUAUGCUUCAUGAAUCUUCUAGUGUUGUCUUUGAAAUUGGGGUGAAUAUGGUUCAUCUUGUUAGAAACAUCAGCAACAUUUUAUUUUAGUUUCUAGAGCUAAGUGAAUGAGGGAUCUGAGUAGGAGUUCUAGUUGAAUGUCUUUGAAUUCUUUAUUUGCUCAAGAAAAUAGAUAGAAAAAUACACGUGUUUGCACAACGACCAAGAGAUAGAGAAUCUAUUACAUUUCAGGGAUCCAAAGUUUAUCUUCUGGUUUCAUUCAUUUUAUUUAUAGUCCAAGGAUAAGAUAAACAUUCUGAAUAAGACUAGCACUGUCAUUAUCCAUGCAAAUGCUGAAUGCCAGUGCAAGUCAUAAAAAAUGCCAACUAGGUAUUUAUUGUUAAGGCACAUAUACCAUUUACUAAAUUUUGCAAUUUACAAUUAAGAAUAUGAUCAAUAGUUAGCCUAGAUAUUUGUUUCAAACAUUGCACUUUUUUUUCCACCUUUGGGACUAUACUGUACUACUUGAAGUUUGUAGUGGCUUUGCAUGUCAUCAAACAUUAACCAUGCCAGUCUUCUUUAGAGCCACAUCGUGCCGCUAAUGCUACAUUGACGACAAUUAUUCAAAUUCAGUGGUCAAAAUCAAUGAGGAAAAAGCAAUGAUGAAAUGUCUUUACUUGGGUUGAUAAAUUGCACAAAAAGCUGUAGAAUGCAAAGUGUAAAUAGGUCUGGAUGUAU